GAAAAUGCUCCAACUGAAGCCUGGGAUGCAUCAGCCCUUGGAGAAGAAGGGGCCUUCUGAGAGGAGGGUGAAUGAGCCGAAGACUCAGCCUGAGAAAGCCGGAUUCUCUAUGUCCUACAGCGAGAAAUAUUCCUUGAUCCAGGAUCAGGCUCGAGAUUUGACCCACCUGCGGGAAAAGAUAAGGAUUGGAAGGGCUGUCUCUUCCCUUCUCAUCCAACAUGUUCAGAACGCAGUGAAGGCCUUUGAAGAGCUCCUCAGCAGUAGGAAGAUUGACUAUAACAUGGAACAGCACUUCCGUGAGCAGCUGGCCAAGAGUAGCCAGCUGGCAGAGAGUCUCGCCAGCAAGUUCAACACAGAUGACUGUAUAAGUAAGAAGAAGCAAAGAGAACAGGUGCUGCAGAGACUCAGUAUCUUAAGGGAGAGGCAGAAGAGGGGUAAGAAGACAGAAGUCCUGCAGACGCAGCAGGAUGCCCAGCCGCAGACUUGGCCCCAGACCUGCUCCAGCAGCCAUGCCCAGUCCACCGCCCAUCACUCCCCUAGCAGCGCCUACCUGCUGCUCAAUCAGCAGAAAGUGCACCCUGCAGUGGACAUGGCCAAUGUCAGCCCAGCCACUCCUGCUGAUUCAGCUUCAUUGCCCAGCAACCACUCAGAAGCUGUAUCUGCUCAGCCCUCCUAUCCUUUGGGUGGCACCACAGAGCAGAAUGGGACACCAGACCCUGGGCAUCAUGGCAGCAAUCACCCAUGGGAAGAGAUGAAGCCUCAGAAGAUGAAUGCCUCCGGGAACCUAUCCUCCUCCUCCUCUUUGGACCGGCCCAACUCCAAGCCCUCUGGGGCUGACCUGCUGGAAAAGAAUCUUAUUGAGAUCCAAAACCUGCGCCAGCGCCUGGAGGAAUCUGUAUUCAUCAAUGACCGCCUGCGGGAGAGGCUGGAGUAUGUGCUCAGCGAUGCCGGCCAAGGAAAAGGUGCUGCGCAGUCAGCUUCAGAUGUGUCCCUAGCCACUCCUCAUUCAUACACUGAGAGUCACUCUUCCGGCUCUGGUAAGGACAUCUUGUGA